UGAGGAUAAGGGGGAGCUUACGGUACGAUUUAGAAAGAGAGACUCCAUAUUUGGUGUUUUUCUUAAUAUCAUCAACCUGGAUGGACUUGGAUAGCCAGCGAGAUCUUCAUCGAAUCUACCCAACAUAUCCUCCACAGUGAAUAGAUUGAUGAGGAUGGCAGCCUCGUGGCUCAAUUUUCCCAGGGACUCUCCCUUCUCUCUGGCUAAUAUCCCAUUUGGUAUCAUAUCGACUAAGACGACAACUUCUCCAGUGCCUGCUGUGGCCAUUGGUGACCAUGCGCUGAACCUGUCCGCUUUCGCUGCGUCAGGCGGUUUCUCACAGCUGCCGUCAAUCCAACAACAUCUGGACGUCUUCAACAAGCCUACAUUGAACGCUUUUGCCGCCUUGGGCCGUCCCAUUCAUCGUGCUGUACGAGAAUAUAUCCAGGCUGUCUUCCAGGCGGAUACCCCCUAUCCUCAGGUCCUGAAGGAGAAUGCAGCUGUGCAGAAGGAGUCGCUGGUGCUCCGAUCAGAAGUUACCAACCAUGUUCCCAUGCAGAUUGGAGACUACACAGACUUCUACGCUGGUCUGAACCAUGCUUACAACGUGGGUGUUCUGUUCCGUGGCCCGGACAAUGCCCUGCAGCCAAACUAUAAGCAUCUCCCAGUCGGAUACCACGGUCGAGCAUCCUCCAUCGUUCCAUCUGGAACACCUAUUCGCCGACCAAAUGGUCAGAUUCUCGCCAACCCAGCAGCAGACCCCAAGGUUCCUACCUUCUCCCCAUGCAAGCGUCUCGACAUUGAGCUGGAGCUAGCAGCAUUCGUCUCCAAGCCCAACAAUCUGGGCGAGCCCGUCCCAAUCGAUCAGGCAGAGGACCAUAUCUUUGGAUUAGUUCUGAUGAACGACUGGUCCGCCCGUGACAUCCAGGCCUGGGAGUACGUUCCAUUGGGACCCUUCAAUGCGAAGAAUUUCGCCACCACUAUCACACCCUGGGUCGUCCUCCUUGAUGCCCUCGAGCCAUUCCGUGCUCCUGGCCUUGAGCCCGGAAACAGGGAAUCCCUCCUACCGUAUCUGCGGGAGAAGCGUGCCGCUAAUGCUUACGAUAUCCGUCUGGAAUUCGAAUUAAAGAAUGCCGGCGGAAAGCCCACGCUCAUUUCUAAAACCAAUGCCACCAACCUGUUGUACUCGUUUCCUCAGAUGCUCGCCCACCACACCAUCACGGGCUGUAACAUGAACCCGGGAGAUCUGCUUGGAAGCGGCACAAUCUCUGGUACAGAGCCUCGAACUCAAGGCAGUCUGUUGGAACAGACCAAUGGGGGCAAGCAGCCUAUCAAGCUGGCCGAUGGCUCAGAACGUAUUUUCUUACAAGACGGUGAUGAGGUAACUCUGCGUGGUAUCUGUGGAGAGGAGGGUAGCUAUGUUGGGUUCGGGGACUGUGUUGGAACGGUUUUGCCAGCAAUCAAUAUCGCCUAGGGGUGGGUGAUAGAAUAGGGCGAUUGAUAUAACAUGAUUCAUGAUUCAUGAUUCUUCGUCAUAGUUUAUGUGUAUUGUAGACACCAUGAAUAGGCUGUGAUUUGUCCUCUUACUAUCUAAGGAUUCGAAAUUCAUAAGUAAUGAGACCGUAGAAAAUCAAAUUUAAUAAUUAAAAUAAAA